AUGGCACUAGGAUUCUGGCAACAGGACAAGAUAAACUCAAACAAGAUGCAGAUGUCAACAUACCUAGUAAUGUUUUCUUUUGCAUCAUCAUCAUUAGGAAAGGCACCACUGGAGGACGGCCGCACUCUCGCCGACUACAGCAGCCAGGAGGAGUCCACGCUCUUUCUGGCCCUCCGACUCCGCGGCGGCAUGCAGAUCUUUGUGAAAGUGCUGACGGGGAGAACCGUGACGAUUGAGGUGGAGAGCUCCGACACGGUUGCCGAUUCGAAGGCCAAGAUCAUCCACCACAAGGAUCAUGUUAGCCACCCCGACCAUUUCAGACUCCUCGACGGGGUGAAACAGCUCGAGGAUGGCAAGACGCUCGCGGACCAUAACGUUUUCAAGGAGUCUACCCUCCGCCGCCUCCUCCGACUCGGUGGCGGCACGCCGAACCAGUGCAACCGAUGA